AUGCUCAACGUAAAGCUGGUGAUAUUUUUAUUUUUUUAUGUGUCCAACAUCUAUUGCGAACCGGAAACGGUGAGAGAUAAUGUCGAUUACCUCAGUUACGGUAACAAUGAAGAUGUGUUGAAGAAUCCGGAUAUUCAUAUCCCCAAAGAUGAGAUAGUAUUGAGGCCUCAAGAAGUAAAAGAUUGGCCUCAACAGUCGUUAAACGUAGGGCAAAUUACUGCAGUCUCCAUAAAUUCUUUAGGACAGCCCGUUAUAUUUCAUAGAGCUGAAAGAGUAUGGGACGAAAGCACAUUUAACGAGUCUAACGUUUAUCAAAACUUGGAUAAAGGGCCAAUCAUAGAGGACACAAUCCUAGUGCUCGAUCCUCACACGGGAUCUGUGUUACACAGUUGGGGCGCGUAUGCCUUUUAUAUGCCGCAUGGUCUCACUGUUGAUCAUCAUGACAACAUCUGGGUUACCGAUGUCGCAAAACACCAGGUUUUUAAAUACACCCCCAGUAAUCAUAAAUAUCCCAGCUUGACAAUCGGGGAGGCUUUUACAGCGGGUUAUCCGUACAGAAGGCGUGUCUUGCUAUGCAUGCCAACCUCCGUGGCAAUAGCGACUACAGGCGAAAUAUUUGUGGCUGACGGUUACUGUAACAAUCAAAUCUUAAAAUUCAACGCUGCCGGCACCUUGUUACGUGCAAUCCCUUCGUUCUCAGACACGCUCACAUUAAACCUUCCUCACAGCGUUACGUUAUUAGAGCAUUUGGACAUCGUAUGCGUGGCUGACAGGGAGAAUAUGAGGAUUGUGUGCCCAAAGGCGGGACUAAAGAGUUAUAUAGAUAUUAUGGAACCCGCGACAAUUAUCGAAGACCCUACGCUAGGAAGAGUGUUCGCUGUCGCAUCCCAUGGAGAUAUUAUUUAUGCAGUCAAUGGUCCAACGUCACAGAAUAUAGCAGUUAGAGGUUUCACAGUCAACGCUGUAUAUGGUAAUAUUUUGGACACUUGGGAGCCUACCACCGGUUUUACCAGUCCGCAUUCUCUGGCUGUAACGAGAAAUGGAUCUCACUUGUACGUUACGGAGAUUGGACCGAAUAAAAUCUGGAAAUUCGAGUUGACCGACGUAUACGAUAAAAAGUAA